GUCAGUUCAGCCACUUCCUCUGAUCACAGUGAUCAGAGAUUAGUGUGAGGAAAGCAGAAGCAACUAGCUGUCAUAAGAUAGAAGCACAGAUAGGCUUAUUUUUACAGACAGAGAGCCAUGGACACACUGAGGACAGGUGUGUUUGCGCUGUCCCUAUUAGCGGUGCCUGUUUCCUGUUCUGAUAAUUUUUUCACUGAACCAGUCAUCUGCUAUUUCCUGGAUGGAUUUCUGAUCCUUUAUUGCAUCAUUGUCACAGGGUUCUUCUUCAGAGAAAAGUUUUCCAAAGGCCCAUCUGUUGGAGUCACUCAGGAAGAAAAUGGCAUUUAUCAGGAACUUGAGAGACCAAAAGAUGCUGAUCCUUAUGAGGUGCUUGACCCAUCAAAAAGAAAGAAAAAGAAGAAAAAGAAACCUGAGACGGCGAGGGACCCCUUUGAGUCUUUGAUUCCCAGUACCUCAUCUUCUCCUCGUCCUGUUCCUCCUCUGUCUCCCCACUGACAUCCUACAGUGUCAGCAGCAGUGUUGCUAAACACAAUUUGAGUCAUUUAUUAAACAACAACAACAAAAAAAUCUAUGUUGUGGCUUCAGCUUCUCAGACAUGAGGAUUUGCUGCAUUUUUAUCCUUUAUGUAAUUCUAAAUUAAAUGUGUCUAGUCAGAGAAAACAGUUUUUCUUAAGUCACUUUGUAUUUGUUUUAUGUUGUGAUAAGCUUUUCUCUCAUGUUAUACAAUUAAAAACUAACAAUGAACCCUACAUUAAGGCUAAAAACAAACUUUUUAUGAGUUCAGAUAUUUGAUGCAACCAUUUUUACAUCUUUGAGGUUGUACUUGCACAGCAGUUGAUAAUGCUAAACAGUGAUUAUCAACCACAGUAAAACCAGCAGACAGAUAAAGGGAAUAUCAUCAACAGUCUUCUUAAAAUGCAACUUUCUGCUGGGCUCUGACCAUAGACUGUAUAUUGUAAAUACAGACCUUUAUAUUGCUGUUGCCUAAGUGCCCCCCCCCCCCAUAUCAGUCCAACUGCAGUCUGAAUCCAAAUCAAACCUGAAUCAGUUCAACUAUCCCUGUGUCAGUUUGAGCCAUGGAGGCCCCACCUUGCAACCCACAGCACCAAAAGAAUCUACAACAUACUGAAGCCAGAGAUGACUGGACAUCCCCUUGCCGCAACCUGCCAAAGCCGGUGGAUUCUACUGCAGCAGAUCAGUGUGAAUGAUAUUAUUUAUAAUAUUUGGCUGCUUGAAUUACAUGUUUUCAGAAACUGCUCAUCUACUGGGAUUCUCUCACAGAUACAUCUCUAGGGUUUAAAGAGAUGAAAACAAAAAUAUCUGGUGAGCGGAAAGGAAGCAAAUGGUAACUCAACCCCCCCUCCCUAAAAAAACACUUGUUACACAACUAAAGUAUGCAGAAGAGCAUCUCUGAACAAAGACUCCUGAAACAAAUGGGCCACAGCAGAAGACCACACCGGGUGUCACCAUCAUUAGAAAAGAACAGGAAACCAAGGCUAUGGUUCGGCUGGACGCACCAACAGAAUAUUGGAAAAAAAGAAAAACACUUCCUGGUCUUAGGAGUCUCAAUUUCUGUUACAACUUCAGAUGGUAGGGCCUUGUAGGGAUGGUAGGUUAAAUGUGUUGUAUGGGACGACUUCUUGGCACACUUUGGGCCCUUUUGCAUCAACUUGGCAUUCAUCAUUUAAACAGCAGAGACUGAGUAUUGUUACUGUCCAUGUCCAUCCCGUUAUAACCAAAGUGUACCAACAAAUCAAUUUUUGAGAUUUUUGUCCUAAAUGUUGUAUAGAUGGAAGCAAAAUCUGUCUGGCACUGAUGUAAAAUAAUUCAAAUUUGUACAUUUAAUCCCAAUAAAAGACAAAGCACAUGUCAAAACACUUGGAAAAUGGUUUAAUGAUGUUUACAACAAAAGAGAACUGUACAUUUACAGUAAAAGAUUAUCUUUAUAUGUGUAUAAAAACAAAAAUACAGCAGACAAAUGCAUCAAAAUCUACUAUGUAUCCUGAUUCACAUACUUAAAACUUCUACACAAUCUUUCAGCUCUAUGCCGCCAUCUCUGGAGGCCUUUUUUUUUUGUCGUUUUUGUCGUAUUUAGAUCGGAGCAGUGUCCCUCAGUGUUGUAUUCCACAAUGGAAACCAAAACUCAUUACAUUCGAGUCCUGGAAGUCAAUUAAUAUCAGACUGCAGAAUAAGAAAAGGGAAAUAAAACAGGGACACAUUCCUUUAGAUGAGCCCAAGCUUCCAAAGUGAAAUGUUUUACAGAAUGCAUUUUUUGAGAUACACAGACACAAUAUGUACAUGGUUGGAGAUUUUUUUUUUAAUUUUUAAGUUAUUUCUCUCUCUUGUUGAAAGCCAUGGUCACUUGGGCUGUGAACUGAUAAUCACACACACGCACAUAUAUAUAACACACCCAAAAACAUACAAAAAUACUAUAUCUUUAACCUACCAAGAGUAAGACAGUUCUGCAAUUAGUUCCAUGCUGUGACAGAAAAGAGAUUACAACAAACAAACGAGGAACAGACGCUUUUUCACGCAAGUUUUUUCUCAGAAAUAUACCAAAAUAUACAUCUAAGCUUUGGAAUUACUGAGGCUGGGACUUUAAAGCCAGUGCUGGGUUUGUCUCUUAAUACACAUGCUGCAGGGUGAAAGGGAGAGAGAGAGAAACCAACAGAGACACACACAGGACAGAGAGAUAUCUUUGGUAUCUGCAUUUGUCAAAAGUUAAAUAUUUGGAUUUUUGCUUUGGGAUAGCGCUUGUGAGGUCCUACAACCUCACUUGGAGUAAAGCAUUAAACAAAGUGUCACUGAAGCCCUGCCGACCAGGAGGUCUGAGUCGGAGGGACACAGUCCAUGCAAAGUGAAGGACCAUGAUGCAUAGUGUCACAGCUGAUCAGAGUCUGUAGUGAGGAGUCAAAGAAGAGAGCAGACGAAAGGGAGAGGAAGGAGGAGGAGAGGGAAGGGGACACAGCAGUGAGUUAGCGAACGCAGGAUGUGUAUUCCUGGAGACAACAACAGGGUCAUGUCCUGGGACUACAGUGUACAGAUGAGGAAGAGACAGACGCACUGUGAGAGGCAGGAAUAGCAUUUUUCGCCGCAGUCCUUGAGAGAGGAACGACGGAGGGUGGGACAUCAAUCCAACCAACCAAACGACAACAGCGCUCAAGACAGACAAUCAUACAGAGUCCUGAGCAGGUACAGUGUGCACAGGAUCAACCCUCAGUGUGUAUUAACAAACAUCACCCAGCUAUCCACCGCAUCGGUUUGCGUUUGCCGGAGAAGCCCGCCCGGCCCCUGCUACCCCUCCCUUCCGAUCCCCGCCCACAGGCACUGAAACCACUGCAGAGGCGACGAAGGGGGCACCGGACGCACAUUCGAAUGCAAUUUUUUAAAAAACAACCUCUUUACAUACGAAUCGAGGGGCGUGCAGCCGGGAUUUGAUGUUGAGCAGUGAGGCGGGGAUGGGCGAGAGGCGGCGUCGAUCAUAUACAAUCAAGUUAGUAAGAAGUCUUUGGUUAACGUUGGUACCACAGGGGAGCGAGAGCGGGCUGCGACGGCGAGCCAUCACGUGGGAAGACGCGCACAUACCUGUACCAAGCCAAGAGUGAGAAAAUAAAUAAAGCAAGAUUGUCAAACUUAAAAAAAAAAAAAAAAAAAAGGGUGGAAAAGGUGGGGGGUGUCCAUAGAAUUCAUCAAAAUUCAUGUUUUCAUGAAUGAAAUCCUUCAGUGCACAAGAAAUUGUGAAAGAAAAGCAGCAGAUGUUUGCCCCUUUUUACACACAGAUUCACCUUUUAUGCCUUCUCUUGUUUACCCCUCUUUGUGAGUACUGGUAUGUAGUUCGUCUCCCUCUUGUGGCGGCUCCACAACCCUUCACUAAGUACAGGUAUGAACACGCUUCUCCACUGACAAGUUGGUGUAUUUUAGUCUUUUUUUUAUGAUUUUUAAAAACAUUUGUUUCAUAAGUAGAUUAAAGCAGGUUUCACUCAAUCUUGAGUUAAAAAUGAGGUAUACAACAGCUCCUUUAGCCUUACUGGUGCGCCACGCAACCUUUGACAUUUAGUAAAAGGAGAAAACAAACAAACAAACAAAAAAACAAAACUCUCAGCAAACCAGUGUGGUGGGUCAAAAUACCGUCUGUUUGGUGCACAGCUGAUCCACAAGAAUCUCAGGAUCACCUGAAACUGAAGCUUCACAAGCAAAGCCAGACAAGCAGACAGUUCCUGAGUCCAAGCUGACCCCAAACAAACUGAAAGCUGGCUUGGCUCUCGGCAGUGGCUUGCUUAAAGCUUGCAGUUAAUUUGUAAAGACCCUCAGUCAGGAAACUACAAACAAAAAACAAAACCCCAAAACAAAACAAAUAAGUCCUCUCGUCUCACCCUUCUUUUCAAAAAUCAGUCUAAACACCUGCUGGAAGAUGGGAAAGAUGCACCAAAAUGGUUUGCAGACUGUCCUCCCUGGCCUCUCUUUAAAUGACACACUCACACAAACACACCUGCCUGCUGGAAUUAUUAGUAAAGCUUUUUCUCACAGGUAUAUCCUCCUACCUGUCUAAGUCGCACCUAAAAACCAUAGGUAGCAACAUAAUCGUCCCACGCUCUAAAAUGCCCAGAGUACACUGUACUGUUUCAGUGAAAACAAUGCACCAGGUGAGCUCAGUGCCCAUGCUCUCUCACUCUCACACACAUACAGAACAACAAUGCUACAAUGCUCAUGUCUUCUACGUAACAAUAAGGCAUAAAUGAUAAUGUUAAUCUUCUUUGUCAAACUAAGAAAGCCAGUGAUCUUGCCCUCUCACACUAUACAAAACAAUUAAAGGCAUAAAGUAAUACAUU